UUCGGAUGAACAUCAUCCCUCGAAAGAUUGCUCUCCCAUUACACAUAACCACUUAAUUCCCAGUGUACAGACUACAGAUAAGCCUAUUAUCUCGUUUCUUUCAGCCAUGGAGUCAUUGUUAGUUUUCUAAAUGUUUGCUCUGUAAGUUUAUCUCUGGCUUUCAGCUAAGUGAUUGAAUCCAAGCAUUCGAUCUUUUGAAGUUCAUUUUAAAAUAUGGCUGUGGUUGUACUUCAUUCCUCAAGGUUCUUUUGCGCUUAUUACGAUUGUAUAUCCGUAGCGGAGACUACUCCAGGUAAUAAUAGCUUCCUGUCAAUGUGUGUUUCCAUGAGUAAUGGAAGAGCUGGCUGCAGAAAGUUUAAAGCUUUGAAGGUUUUCGAGCCUAGUUCUGUAGGCAAUUGGAAGAAAACUGAAAAUGAGGGUGUCUUCCAGAACCAGAAUGAGACGAACUCUUCGGCUGAGAAUCUAAGGAGUGGUGUUUCCUCGGAAGAAGUGUUUGAGAUCCUGAAGUCGUUAUCAAAUCCGAGCCAGGCUUUUUCUAUGUUUAUGUCUGUUGUUAAACUGCCUAGGGUGAUUCAUACCACAGAAACCUGUAAUUACAUGCUUGAGCUUUUGAAGAUUCAUGGGAGGGUCAAUGAUAUGGCUACAGUGUUUGAUGUAAUGCAAAAACAGAUCAUAUGUAGGAAUAUUGAGACCUAUUUGACUAUAUUUAAAGGUCUUCACAUUAGGGGAGGGUUAAGACAAACACCAUUUGCUCUAGAGGGGAUGAGAAGAGCAGGUUUUAUUUUAAAUGCCUAUUCCUAUAAUGGAUUAAUACACUUACUGAUUCAAGCUAAAUUAACUCAGGAAGCUUUAGAAGUUUAUAGAAGAGCUGUUUCAGAAGGAAUUAAGCUGAGCCUUAAGACUUACUCGGCAUUAAUGAUUGCUUGUGGGAAAAGAAAAGACACCCUGACAGUCCUGAGUUUAUUAAACGAGAUGGAUAAUUUAGGAUUGAAACCUAACAUUUACACCUUUACCAUCUGUAUAAGAGUGCUCGGGAAAGCUGGAAAAAUCGAUGAUGCCUGUACUAUAUUGAAGAGAAUGGAAAAUGAGGGGUGCACGCCUGACGUCAUCACAUAUACAGUUCUAAUUGAUUCCCUUUGUAUUGCUGGAAAACUUGACACUGCAAAAGAAAUUUUUGCUAAAAUGAAAUCGGUUAGCCAGAAACCUGAUCGAGUCACAUAUAUCACACUGUUAGACAGGUUUAGUGACUCUGGGGACUUGGAUUCUGUGAGAGAUUUUUUUAAAAUGAUGGAAGCUGAUGGCUAUGGAGCAGAUGUUGUUACUUUUACGAUACUAAUUGAUGCAUUGUGUAAAGUUGGGAAGGCCGAUGAGGCUUUUUCCACUUUAAAUGCUAUGAAAGAGAAGGGAGUAUUACCUAAUCUUCAUACUUACAACUCACUGAUUAAUGGCCUUCUAAGAAUGAAUAAAGUGGAUGAGGCGACACGACUGUUCGAUAAUUUGGAGUCUUUUGGAAUUCAGCGUACUUGUUUCACGUAUGUCCUCUUUAUCGACUAUUAUGGAAAGGUUGGAGAUCCUGAUAAAGCACUUCAGAUGUUUGAGAAGAUGAGAGUUCAUGGGGUUGUGCCAAAUCUCGUAGCUUUCAAUGCUUCUUUGUAUAGCCUGGUAGAAUCUGGCAGGUUCAGGGAGGCUAAGAGUUUUUUUUAUGGAAUUAAAAAGAGUGGUCAAGUUCCAGAUUCUAUAACUUAUAACAUUAUGAUGAUGUGCUACAACAGUGCUGGGAAAACUGAUGAAGCCAUUCACUUGCUACAUGAGAUGAUGGAAAAUGAAUGUGAGCCUGAUGCGGUUUUAGUCAAUUCAUUGAUUGACAUGCUUUAUAAGGAUGGUCGAACUGAUGAGGCUUGGAAUUUUUUUCAUAGAAUGAAGGAUAUGAAACUUGUUCCUACGAUAGUGACUUAUAACACACUCUUGGCUGGACUUAGAAGGGAAGGUAGAGUUAAAGAGGCUUUUAAAUUAUUUGAGAGCAUGGGCAGAGAGGGAUGUUUUCCAAACACAAUAACCUAUAAUACUCUUCUGGACUGUCUUUGUAAGAACGGCGAGGUUGAUACAGCCAUGAAGAUGCUUUAUGAAAUGACAAUAAAGAACUGCAAUCCUGAUAUUUUUACCUAUAACACUGUCAUUGAUGGAUUGGCUAAAGAGAAAAGGGUCCGUGAAGCAUUUUGGCUUUUCAACCAGAUGAAGAAGAUUUUCCAGCCAGACUGUGUGACCAUUAACAUAAUUGUUUCCAGCCUUGUAAAAGAUGGCUCCGUUGAGUAUGCUGUUAAAAUUGCCGAGGAUUUUGUUUGGAAAAGGCCACAUUGGUCAAAUGAUUCUUUCUGGAGAAGUCUUUGCGAUGGAUUUGUGAAUGAAACAAGAUCAGAAUAUUCUUUGUUGUUUAUAGAAAUGCUGACAUAUAAGGGUAUCUGCAAAAGUGAAAUGAUUAUGGUAUCUUUGAUAAGGUCACUGUGUAAGAAAAAGAGAGCUCUUGAUGCUCAUCGUGUCUUUGAAAAGGUUACAAAAUCUUUUGGAAUUUGUCCAACUAUAAAAUCGUAUUAUCCUCUGAUUGAGGGGCUUAUUGAUGCUCAUCUUCCAGAGCUGGCAUGGGAUGUGUUCAGGGAGAUGAAAAAUGCAGGUUGUUCCCCAGAUGUUUUCACAUACAACGUGUUGCUCGAUCAUCUUGGGAAGUCUGGAAAUAUUGAUGAACUUUUCAAACUGUAUGAAGAAAUGCUUCACAGAGGAUGUAAGCCCAUUGCCAUAACUUACAAUAUACUUAUCUCUGGUAUGGUGAAGUUAGGUAAGUUAGAGAGAGCACUAGAUUUUUAUUAUGAUCUUGUCAGUGGUGGCUUUUCUCCCACUCCUUGUACAUAUGGUCCACUGAUAAAUGGUCUUUUGAAGGCUGAGAGGUUUGAUGAUGCAAAGAAUUUCUUUGACGAAAUGGCAAACUAUGGUUGCAAUCCUAACCCUGCCAUUUACAAUAUUCUCAUAAAUGGGUUUGGAAAGGCAGGCGAUCUGGAAACUGCCUGCCAUCUGUUUGAGAAAAUGAUCAGAGAAGGCAUUAGACCAAAUUUAAAAUCUUAUACCAUUCUUGUGGAUUGCCUUUGCUUGGCUGGAAAAGUGGAAGAUGCCAUGCACUACUUUGAGGAAUUGAAAUCCUCAGGCAUCAAUCCUGAUUUAGUUUCAUACAAUCUUAUGAUCAAUGGCCUUGGAAAGGUGGGGAAGUUCAAGGAAGCCUUAUGUCUUCUUGAUGAGAUGGGAAACAAAGGAGUCACUCCUGACCUUUAUACAUAUAAUUCUUUAAUCUUCAAUCUUGGAAUGAUUGGAAGGAUGGAAGAGGCAGGGAAACUGUAUGAAGAACUUCAGCAUCUGGGUCUUGAACCUAAUAUUUUUACAUAUAAUGCUCUAAUUAAAGGGUAUAGCUUGUCGGGUGAAACUGACCGAGCAUUUGCAGUCUAUGAAAGAAUGAUGGUUGGUGGCUGUACUCCUAACAGAGGGACAUUUGCUCAAUUACCAAAUUCAUGAGAUAAUCCCACAUUCUUCAUACGCAACUCGCGAAGCCAGAAUGUGAUGUGUAAGGGGGCUUAUCCAAUUUCAGAUAUAUCUCUAACUGGGGGUCAUAGCAGUGAUGCCAGGCAUUAAAGAUUGAAGGACCUCUUAGCAGUACUUAACGUUAAGACACGCUGCCUUGAUUCCUGGAAUUGUAUCCCUUUUCACUAUGUCAGCAGUUGUUUGAGUUAUAGAUCGAGAUGGUGGAAGGAAGAAGCAGUUCUGUUUCUGGUUCAACAGAAAAGAUUACGAAAAGCAUAACUAUGCAAGAAAGAAUGGACGAAUUACUCUCCUCCCCUUUCUCUCUCUAACACUUUCAAGCACUGCCUUCUCCAAUAACAACAUUUCAUUCCUUAUCCGGAUCGACCUGCCGGAGCUCCGACCUGUCAACUAUGGCGGAGAGAGAGGGAUGGAAUGGAGAUGAUCGGAGUGAGACUAGUGACUACACAUCGGAGGAUGAGGGGACUGAAGACUACAGGCGCGGAGGCUACCACGCUGUCCGAAUUGGAGAUACAUUUAAGCACGGGCGUUACAUAGUCCAGAGCAAGCUCGGUUGGGGUCACUUCUCCACUGUCUGGCUAGCUUGGGACACUAUAGAAUCCAAAUAUGUGGCCCUGAAAUUUCAAAAGAGUUCUCAGCAUUAUACUGAAGCAGCAAUGGAUGAAAUUACAAUACUAAAGCAAAUAGCUGAAGCGGACCCUGAUGAUACAAAGUGUGUUGUGAAGUUACUGGAUAACUUUAAACAUUCAGGCCCCAAUGGCCAACACGUUUGCAUGGUUUUUGAGUACUUGGGUGAUAAUCUGCUGACCCUCAUCAAGUAUUCAGACUAUCGAGGGAUUCCUCUUCACAAGGUGAAGGAAAUUUGUGCCCACAUUCUAGUGGGUCUAGAUUAUCUUCAUCGUGAACUCUCUAUAAUACACACAGACUUAAAGCCAGAAAACAUUUUGCUUCUGUCGAUGAUUGAUCCAGCCAAAGAUCCAAUAAAGUCUUGUGCGUCACUCAUUCUCCCAUCCAGUAAAAACAAGGUUGUCUCAGAGACGGGGUCUUCAAAGGAGAGUAGGAGCUCAAAUGGUGAUCUGACAAAAAACCAGAAGAAGAAAAUCCGGAGCAAAGCUAAGAGAGCUGCUCAAAGUUGUGCUGGAAAAGAAGCUUCUGAUGAACUGGAUCUAGAUAAUGAAGUAGGUACUCCUGAACAUUCUAAUCAUGAUGAAAAUCCAGACGGGGACUUAAAUGAUGAUCAAACUGAGUGUAAAUCCCAAGAAGACGUACCCAAUAAAACCAGCGGAAACUUAAUAGACGGGAACCAAGGAAUUCAGAAGCAUAAGAGAGGCAGCCGUUCGAUAAGGCAGAAGCUGUUAGCUGAAGUGGAACUCAAAUGCAAAUUGGUCGAUUUUGGGAAUGCAUGUUGGACUUAUAAACAGUUUACAAGCAAUAUCCAGACUAGGCAAUAUAGAUGUCCAGAAGUGAUCCUGGGUUCCAAAUAUUCAACUUCUGCAGAUCUAUGGUCCUUCGCUUGCAUUUGUUUUGAGAUGGCAACGGGAGAUGUCCUUUUUGAUCCUCAUAGUGGUGACAAUUAUGACAGAGAUGAGGAUCACUUGGCCUUAAUGAUGGAGCUUCUUGGGAUGAUGCCGCGAAAGAUUGCGUUAGGGGGGCGCUAUUCAUGGGAGUUCUUUAGUAGAUAUGGAGACUUGAGGCACAUGAGACGGUUGCGGUUCUGGCCGAUAACCAAGGUGCUCAUGGAAAAAUUUGAGUUCACUGAGAAAGAUGCAACCGAGAUGUCAGAUUUUCUUGUCCCCAUACUUGAUUUUGUACCAGAGAAAAGACCCACGGCAGCACAGUGUCUUAACCACCCAUGGCUAAUUGGAGGUCCAACCCACCCUGUGCCUUCUCGUGUAAUUAGUUCACUUCCACCAGAUGUCCCAGAGAACAGAAACAUUAUGAAGGAGAGAGAUGUGAGGGAAACAAUGGAAGUCAGGGUGGGGAAUAUGGUCAUUGAUGGAACUACUUCAAAGUUCAAAGUCAGCACCAUGGUCACUAUAGGCACCGUCUGCCAAUAAUAAUUUCACUUGACUUGUCAGUUGUCACCGUUUGUUCUAGUUAUAUAUAUGUGGAUAUCUAGUUGUAAUAAUCUGAACUAUGAUCGGUUCAUUGUUAUUGUUCUCAAUGAAAUAAAUCAAAAUUUUGCAAAUAAGACCGUAGGCAAAAUUUGUUGACAUGCAAUAUUUUUAGAAUAAUAUUUUAUUACACGAG